GUCGGCUUCAUACGGUUGAAGUGGGACCUCGGACUAUGCAGGAGACACUUCCUUUAUUUAUUUAUCUUCCAGCAUUAGAUUAAAGCAUGGUGCAGUAGGAGAGGUUAUGUAAAAACACCAGUUUACUUUGAGUAUCUGUUAAAUAGCGUUGUUUCGUGUAAAAGUUGUUUAAUGUGGAUGGCAAUUAGAGCAAAGUCAUCAGCACUUUUAGAAAUAUCUUGUUCACAUGCUUCAGACGUGUGGAAAGGGUAUCUAUGCUAGCACAUUAAAAAUCAUAAGUAAUUUUAGUUGUCUGUACCUGUAGUUUUGUGGCUAUGGCUACGGAAAAUAAGACAUCACGUGUUACGAAAAGAAUUGGAACCCACAACGGUGUCUUUCAUUGUGAUGAAGCAUUGGCAUGCUUUAUGUUAAAGCAGCUUCCUCAGUAUCGAGAUGCUGAAAUCGUUAGAACGAGAGAUACAGCUAUCUUAGAAACAUGCGAUGUUGUGGUUGAUGUUGGUGGUGAAUAUAAUCCAAAGAUUCACAGGUAUGAUCACCAUCAAAGAGGCUUCGAAGAGACUCUCUCAAGUGUACGGCCAGACCUAGCCAAAAAUAAACAUAUAAAAUUAAGCUCUGCAGGUUUAGUAUAUGCCCACUUUGGAAUAGAGGUGUUAUCAGUGAUUCUUUCUAAUAAUAAAAUUGUGCCCAGUUCGGAAUGUCUAAGAACUUUGUUUGUAGCUGUGUAUGAAGGGUUUGUUGAAGAACUUGAUGCAAUUGAUAAUGGGAUACCCAUGUAUAGUGAAGGUCAUCCCAGAUAUAGGAUAAAUACUCAUCUUAGUGCUAGAAUACAUAGACUUAAUCCAGAAUGGAAUACCUUGGAGUCUGAACCUCAGGAUAAACUGUUUGAGAAAGCAAUGUCUUUAGCAGGUUCCGAAUUCACUGAUAAAGUACUAGAGGUUGGUCAUAUGGGGAGAAUUUGGUGGCCUGCAAGGGAAAUUGUGAAGAAUUCUAUUGUAGAUAGGCAUAAUGUACAUAAAACUGGAGAAAUAAUAGAGUUAAAAGAAAGAUGUCCUUGGAAAGACCAUCUACUGAGUCUUGAAGAAGAAAUGGGGAUUUCUGGACAAAUAAAAUUCUGUAUUUUUCAUGAUAAAGGCGAUUCAUGGAGAGUACAGGGAAUACCUGUGCAGCCUGAUAGUUUUAUUUGCAGGGUAUUCCUCCACAAAGACUGGAGAGGUGUAAGAGAUGAGGAAUUAAGUAAAGUUUCUGGGAUUCCUGGGUCUAUAUUUUGUCAUAGUACUGGGUUUAUUGGGGGAAAUAAAACCAGGACGGGGGCACUGGAAAUGGCAAUAAAAAGCCUGCAAGAAGCUUCAACAAAUGGUGAUUAGCCAAAAGGAUUUUAAGUUUUUAACAAAUGGGAUUUUUUUAUACAACUUGUUUAAAUGCUCUAAAGUAAUAAUCUCCAGUGUUUUUUAAUUUAUUAUAAUUGAAUGAGUUAUAACAGAUUUAUUUGGUAAUAAUAAACCAUGAGCAAUU